AUGGAUCGAAUUAUGCAAUCCUUACGGAGAAAAAGACGUCUAAAACAACUUCAAUUGGUAGUAGCAAAUGUAGUUGUAGUUCUUAUGAUGUAUUGGGUUUGGUAUAUGACAAGUAUUGCUACGGUUAGGGGUGUUCAAUUGAUCCAAAGUAAAAGAGAUAGAAAAAUAUUGCGCUUAAAAAUUAUGCAUCGCUUAAUACAAGAAAGUGAUGUGCAUUGCAAAAGUGAACUUCGGGUUAAUAGACAAACCUUUAAUAUUAUUUGUGAGAUGCUUAAGGAGAUUGGAGGCCUCACUCGGACAAAAAAUAUGUCUCUUGAUGAGAUAGUUGCCAUGUUUUUGUACACUUUAGCUCACCAUAAAAAAAAUAGAUCUAUUGCUCACUUUUUCAUAAGAAGUAGAGAGACCGUGAGUCGGCAAUUCAACUUAUGUCUGAGGGCUAUACUUAAGUUGCAUGAGCAUUUGCUUUACAAGCCCACACCAAUAUUAGAAGAAUGUGAAGACGAAAGGUGGAAACCUUUUAAGAAUUGUUUAGGAGCAUUGGAUGGUACCUACGUAAAUGUAACUGUACAUCCCCAAGGUCGUGGUAAAUAUCGGACAAGAAAAGGUACCAUUGCUAUGAAUGUGUUGGGUGUUUGUGCACCCAACAUGCAAUUUAUCUAUGUUCUUCCGGGUUGGGAAGGCUCUGCUCACGAUGUUCGUGUUCUUCGCAAUGCUCUCACUAGGCCAAAUGGCUUUAGGGUUCCUAGAAGUAACUAUUAUUUGGUCGAUGGGGGGUAUACAAACUGUGAGGGUUUUCUUGCUCCAUAUAGACGGCAACUAUAUCAUCUUAAGGAAUGGACAGAUAGACAACCACAAACUGCAGAAGAGUAUUACAAUAUGAAGCAUGCUCGAGCAAGAAAUGUAAUUGAAAGAUGUUUUGGGAAAGUGAUGCCCACAGAUGAUGUAGAAGAAGAGAAUAUGAGUAAUGACAAUUCUGAUAACGAUUCUGAUGAUGAAAAAUAUGUUAGCUCAAGAUUUGUUUAA